AUGGCAGUUUCAAUUGGUUUUAACUAUCAGUAUUGUCUUUCAACUGAUUUAAACCCAUUUGUCGAUCUUUUCAUGCAGUUUCCAUCUUUCAACAUUGCAGAUUCUUAUGAAAGAUUAGAGGAAGGGUCAAACAAAAAGAAGGAAAUUCUCUCGGAGAUCACUGAGAUAAUGAUGCAUAGAGCACACCUUGACAGUAGCAUCGAACUCAUCGGCAAUCUAAUUUUUGGAUCGGCUGUUGCACCUUCAGUCCUCAAAACCGUGAGGCCAUCUGGUCAAGCUCUGGUUGAUGAUUGGGUCCAAGCAUUCGAGUCGCAUUGUGGAUCGCUCACUCAAUAUGGUAUGAAGUAUAUGCGAGCUUUCGCAAACAUAUGUAACGAGGGUGUCUCGAAGGAUGCGAUGGAAGAAGCUUGUGGUAAUGUUUGUGGAAGCUACAACUCAGCUAAGUGGAGUCCCUUUAUCCAUAGCUACAGUGCAUGA